AUGGCGCAAGUACCGGUGCAGACGAUCCAUAGGGAUCCCCAGUUAUUCUACUGGAUCCUGUUCCCCAUCACAAUCGUCAUGAUUCUCACCGGCGUCCUCCGGCACUAUGCAACCGUCUUGAUGGCCUCUACGCCGAAGAAGCUCGAUCGAAAGACACUGCGCGAGCAGCGGGCGCUGCUCCACGGCAUCAACGUGCGUGGGAACUACCACGUGCUGUCUAAGCCCUCCUUCACGGCGCGGCGCGAUGCUCUGAUCAUCGCCUACGAAUCGGGCGCCUACCUGAAAGACCCGAAUGCGCGGGGCCAGCCGCCGGCGAAUCCAAUGAGCGACCCAAACGCCAUGGAGGGCAUGAUGGGCAUGAUGAAGAAUCAGAUGGCCAUGAUCAUUCCGAAUACCCUCAUCAUGAGCUGGGUGAAUGCGUUCUUCAGUGGCUACGUAAUCAUGAAACUCCCGUUCCCACUUACCGUCAAGUUCAAGAGCAUGCUCCAGGCAGGCGUAGCCACCAGGGACAUGGACCCUCGGUGGAUGUCCAGCAUCAGCUGGUACUUUCUCUGCAUCUUCGGUCUGCAGUCUGUCUUCAAUUUCCUGCUCGGGAGCGACAACGCCGCAAACCAAAUGACCCAACAGAUGACCCAGAUGGGCCCACAAGGUGGGCAGAUGUUCGGUCCCGGCGUCGAUCCCAACAAACAGUUCCUCGCCGAGGCGGAGAACCUGGCCGUCAUCGAGCACCACUCCGUCUUGGACGGUGUGGAGCAGCGUCUUUUGGAGGCUGUCAAGGUGUAA